CGCGGCCAGUGUCAUCUUAAUUUCGUCCCGUACUCGCAGUAAAAGCAGCCCACGUUCGGCGCAAUUUACGGUGACUUGUCGUAUCAAUUCAUCUGAACAACAUACAAUCAUGCGGAGCUUGAUUCGUCUCUACAUAAAUACACUUCGUACAUUUGUUUUGUGCGAAACAACAAACAACGGGCGCGAGUUACGGUUGAGGUGCUUGGAGGUUAAGUGCCUCCUUGGUAGACGAGAACGUUGUGCAGCCGCUGAUGCGCGAACCAGCGUAUAAUUUCGCACGGUCGGAAAUUUUGGACGUGGCAGCCGGCCAGUCAUCUUGACCGUGUUACGUUCACGCGAGUCAUCGGACGAAAGCGAAGGUUAUGGCGAAAUAUCUGAUACAAAUCAUCGUGGCCGGCACGCAGGUCGUCGGCAAGGCGUUCGCACGUGCGCUGCGCCAAGAAAUCGCGGCAAGUCAGGAAGCGGCGCGAAGGGCCGGCGGUGGCACGAGGGGCGCGAAGCAUGUCGCCGCCAACACCAAGACCGGCAUCUCCCUGGAGGAGGCGCUUCGCAUCCUUAACGCGGAACGUCCUGACCAGACCGAAUUGAUCGAGCAGAACUACAAGUAUCUCAUGGAGGCUAAUGACAGGUUGAAGGGCGGCUCGUUCUACUUGCAGUCGAAGGUGGUACGCGCCAAGGAGCGUAUCGACGAGGAGCUGAAGAACCAAGGAAUAUCGUCAUCGACGACAACGAACGGUCAGGAAGCUUCCAAGCAGCCAUAAGAGACUUGCCUCCUAGUUUAAAUUUACUUAAUCUCACUAUAGAGAGACCUGUACAUAAUGUCACAUAGCAUAAUUAAUAAAAAAUAAUGAAUGUUCUGACGUAGAUCAGAAAGUUUGUUAACACA